GUCUGCAGCACAACCUCUCCCUCGUGUUUCUCUCCCACUGCUACUAGCCUACUACUCCCAAAAACAGAUAAAAACACAGACACAAUUAUUCCUUCACCCCAAAAUCCAAAAGUGAAAAACCGAAAAUAGAAAAUUUUCAGAAACAGACAUAAAAAGAGAGAGAGAGGGGGAGGGGGGAGAGCAAAACAAGCAAAUGAAAAAUGCAGAUUUGGGAGAGAAAGUGGGCAUUAGAAAAUUGAAGAAUCAUAAUUUCAUAACAACACACAAAUCACAUCAUCUAUUCAUUCUAUUGAGAAUGGCGGAGAGAGAGUUUGAAACUUUUGCUUUUUAAUGCUCCUCCAUCUCCCUCUUUUGGUCCGAAAAGACUCUUGCUGCUUGCUUUCCUACUUUGGUCCAUAGCAUGGUUCCCCCUCUCUCUGCAUAGCUUUGCUUUGGCCUUUUGCUUUCCUGAAAAUCGUGCCCCCUUUCUCCUCUCUCUCUCUCUCUCUCUCUCUUACCAGGAGGAAAAAACGGGGGAGCGAAGAGGGAAUAAUGAGAAUCAUUCAGAUUCUGAAGCACGAGAUGAUGUUGGCGGCUUGGACGGUGGCUGUGGUGAUGGCGGUGACGGACAGGAAUCAACGGCUGGACUGACGUCCGGAAUGGAGAUGCCAUGGUGAUGAUGACACAGCAGUAGUCUAAAGCUAGCAGCAAUGCCAAUCUUCCGCACGGCAUUUCAUUGAGUACCUAACAGCAGCAGAAGGAAGUGAAGGCGGCGGCAAUGUUUCAUGACUUUCUUGGUAUGAAGCCAAGCAGUAGUAGUGUUAGUAAUAGUAAUGAUAAAAACAACAAAAACAACAAUGAAGCCUCUGCACUUUUGGCCUCCUCUAGAAACGCAUCUGCCUCCUCAUCUGCUUCUCAAUCUAUUGUGGCUUCCUCUGCUGGCGCUGGCAUUGCUAUUCCCGGUGGCCGUGGUUGGGGAGGCCUCCUUUCCACCGCCUCUGAUCUCGCCAGUGAAAGACAGGUUCCAAAUCAUCUAGAAGGGAUUCCAUAUUAUGUGCCAAGAAGUGAUCUUUCUGUAGCAGGAAGUAAAAGAAGCAACUUGGAUUCUGCCUUUAUUGCAAGGGACGGAGUUCCACAAAUCAUUGCCCCUGACUCCUCUGAAAGCCUGCAUUUGAUGAAGAUGUUGAGAAAGGCAGGUCCAGGAGAGAGACCUAAAAGGUCCGCAGAUGAUGAUCAGGGCUUGUUUGGUGUGCAGUCAAGGCCUAGUUCAGCCUCACUUAUAUUGCAACCUUCUACUACUGGGAGUAGACUCGAUCCUAACAAGUGGGAAAGAUCUGCGGUGCCAUAUCCUCGUCGUGGGAGUCAUUAUGUUCCUUUUACUCACCAACUCACUGCAAGCAGAUUUGGAGGGGAAGCCACUGCUGCUGGUGUAUCAAGUAUUUCUCAGGCAGCAGCUGCAGACGAAGGAUCCAGAACUAGCAUCAAAGGUCCUGGAGUGUUGAGCUCCAUCAAUUCUGGCGCUCGUAAUUCAGAAAGAACUACUGCUGCUGUCCGGCCGAGUGAUAGCAAACCCAGGCCUGGUACUCACAUUUUAGAACCAGAAGCUUCAACUCAUUCAAGUCGCCAGGUUCCAGAAUCUGCAAGUCGGCAAAUGACCAUAUUCUAUGGUGGUCAAGCGCAUGUAUUUGAUGAUGUCCACUCUAACAAGGUUUGUCUUCUAUCCAUUUACAGCUCCAGCGGAGACAUCAUCCCCUGUUGGUAUAAGCAUCUCUAUCUGCAAGCUUUGGUAACCAAAAGCUGGUUUUGUUUGAUGAACCUUCGUGGUAAUGCAAGCUAACCACUUUGCUUAAAAAUAAAUGUGAUCAAGCGACUUUUUAUUUAUAAGCUGAUAGUACACUUCGAAUACGAGGCCUGGGAUCUCAACUGUGCACAGAAAUUUGUGUGCCCGACGAGUCAAAUGCUCAUGCUUCAGUUGUUGUUCUUCUCGGAUAUUCUUAGAUCUUCUUUGUUGAAAUAGAAGCAAGUGCAUGCUCUUGGUUUUAUUGCAGAGAGUGCCAAGUGUUGUUGCUUACAUCUAUAUCAUUUAUGUUGCAGGGAAAACUAUACACAUGUUGUUUAGCUCAUUCCUUGCACUGCGUUCUCUCGUUUAUCUUUCCAUGAUCUUGGAAGAGGAGUUCCAAUUUAUAAGUUAGUAACGUUCCCCCAAGUAUUGGUUAAUCGGCUCAUUAUUCUCCUUUCUCUUCGUCUAGGCAGUAUUCCUAUUGGACCUUCACUCUUCUGCAAUGCAUAAAGCUUAAUGUCUGUUUAGAGCCAUCAUUGCUUGCUCCAAUCUGAUUCCUCUGCUACAUAUACAUGGAUGUAUCAUUCAAGGCAAUAUACUAUACAGACUGAACAUGUAGAGAAAUUCUAUAAUAAACUCCCUCUAAGUCACUUGACCAAAAGCUUGCUGCCCCCAGGUUCUAACUAAGGUACCACGACUUCACUGAUUGCUGCUGUUGGUUCAUGUUUUCUUCAGGCAGAUGUUAUAAUGGCGCUGGCUGGAUCAAACGGGGUUUCAUGGUCCACGACUUACACGCCAAAGCCUACCCUUACUACAAGACCAAGUGGUGGAGGGGAAAUUUCCGUGGGGAGCGUUGGAGAGUACGACACAAGUGAUGCAGAAAUCAAUGCCGCGUUAUCGGAGCGUGAGCUCCGAAGAAGGCUGCCAGUCGUCGGUAGUUCCAUACCUACUGGGGUGCCCUCUAGUGACCAGAUGAUAAUACGACCAACAGGUGAGGAUUGAGAGUACACAGAGUACCCCUACUGAAAAUUGAAUAUCUUGACCUUGAUCCUUUAAUCAAUAAGUAAUGGAUGCUGCAUUGCGGCGGUGUUGUAUUGGGAGGUGGUAAAGAGACGAGAGACCAAGAGCUCAAAGGGAGAAGGGAGUGCAGAAAGAAGAGGUGUUUGAUGUUUUUCUGAAUUGGUGUAGAAGAAAUAAGUUGUCGCUGCUGUUGUUGAAGAAGGGUGGUGAUAGACCGUCAUUUACACAUGUUUUUACCCCCAUUCUUACACCGUUUGAGGUGUUGAUUCUCGUGUUUUAGGCCGAUUUCACGGUAGGUUGUGCUUGUUUGUGAUAUUUCAGGUCCUAGGACGUGAAUGAAGGCUUAGGAGCGAGUCUGGGGUCGAUUGGACGAGGAUCGGACGCAUGGCGAGGUUCUGAGGAAGUCGCACGGGCACACCCACAACCCGCACGGCCGUGCAAGUGACCAGUUUGGCCGUGCGGGAUCGUGCGUGGGCACGCACGGGAUUGUGCGUGGCCACGCACGGCCGUGCGGGAUUGUGCGUGGGCACGCACGGGCACAAGUGAAAUCCGCACGGCCGUGCAACAUACAAUUCUGGCCGUGCGAGUUGGCUGAGGUUCAACUAAUUGAUACGCCGCGUUUUGAGGUGCACGGCCAGAAUGGUGAUGUGCACGGCCGUGCACCCUGGCCGUGCGAGUCGGGAAUGGCUGUUUUUAACCCAAAUUCGAGCCAAAGGAGAGGGAGAGCUGGGUUUUGGAUCCCAAACACCCAAGGGACGAACCCUAGAGAGAGAGAGAGCGACUUGGGAACAUUCUUGGAGCUAUCUUGGAGGAUUUCUUCGCCAUUGGAGCUCGGGAAUCAAGCUUGGAGAUGGAGAUUGAAGAUCUAGAUCAGAUUUCUGCAGUCUCUCUCUUCUCUAUGGAGUAACUUCCCUUCACUUAGGUUUUGAGGAACCUUAGCUCCAUGAGUUAGGAUCUUUCUUGUAUGAAGUUUUGGAUGCUAUAUUGUUUGAUUAUAAUCGAAUGAUGCAUGUUUAUUGAGUCAAUUGAAGUCUGAU